AUGGCUUCGAGGUCGACUUUGCGUUUUCUACUUGCGGCACUCCCGGUUUUCGAAGCCUCCGAGCUCUGCCACGCAGGAGAUGCCGCUUGUGCCGCGCGCUCGUCGGCGCUGCUGCAGCACGGCGCCCGUCAAAGUCGGGCCGACGACGAGAGCCUCUAUGCCGACGAGAGCCUCUAUGGGGCUGGCAUGGCACCCAUUUGCAAGGAUGCAGCCGACUUCCUUCCAGAGAGGGAGAUGUGGGCGUACUGCGACUUCUACGGGCACGGUGCCGUGCUGCCAGACGAGACGACCUGCAAUGACCAGGAGGGUUGUUAUGGUGGAACGGGCUGGUGCCACUGUGAGGGCAGGGAGGGUUGCCUGGCCGUGGGUGGCUACUGGUUCGCCCAAACCUGUACGAUGGAGGUGGAGAUGUUCAGUCAAGAACAGCGCGAGAUGUUGCACAUGGCCGACUCCACCGGCAGUUGCCUGGACCUGGAGGCCAACGGCAUGAAAGCGGCGGAUAUCGUAUCGUGGCCGGCGACAAAGUGCUGUGCAUCCUUCCCGGCGACCAUCUGCGACAAGGAUCUCACGCCCCAAACACCCUGCAUGCACGACGAGGACUUCGAGCACAACAAGUCGAUGUGGGCCUGGUGCGACACCUACGAAGCGGCCCCCUCCGAGCACGAGUGCAACUCCAAGGGCUGCGAGGGCAACGAGUGGCACUGCCACUGCGAGACCAAGGAGGGCUGCCUUGCAGUAGGUGGUCGUUGGGAGGAGUACCAGUGCUGGCAAGAUCUGCAGUACAUGUCUACGGAAGUGCACAAGGGCAUUUCGAUCGCCAAGAGCCAGCACUCCUGUGACGACAUCGCAGUUUGGCACAGCCCACUCGAGUACUCGGUGGACUGGUUGGGUUCCAGUUGCUGCUCCUCCGGGCAGUCGGUUUGCCAGGCGCUCGGAGGUGGCGGCCACAGUCACCACCAUCACACGGCGGCUGGUCGAUGA